AUGGGCAGAAGUUGCCAUCUCCUGUUUGCUCUUGUAGUUUUCAUUUUGUUUCAUCACCAUACUUCACUGGCUACAGUUCCCAACAUUAACACUGAUGAAGCAGCUCUUCUUGCCUUGAAAUCUCACAUUUCUUCUCAUCCUAAUAACUUGUUACAAAGCAACUGGUCUUCUUCCAGCCCAGUUUGUAGCUGGAUUGGCAUCACUUGCAGCUCUCGCCACCAUCGAGUCACAGCUUUAGACAUUUCUAGCAUGCAACUUCAUGGUACCAUUCCUCCGCAUCUAGGAAACCUCUCAUUUCUUGUUUCUCUCGACAUCAGUAACAACACUUUCCAUGGGGAGUUGCCAGAAGAAUUGGCUCAUUUGCAGAGGUUGAAACUGAUUGAUGUCACAAUCAAUAACUUCACUGGUGCCAUCCCACCAUUUUUAAGUUUGUUAUCUAAUGUCCGAUACAUGUACCUAUCGAGCAACCAGUUUUCGGGGAAAAUUCCAUCUUCCCUUUCCAAUGUAACAAAGCUGGAGGUGUUGACUCUAAAGGAAAACUUUCUCGAAGGAGUGAUCCCUCGAGAACUCGGUGAUCUUCGUCAUAUGACUUUCAUAGACCUGCAAUUCAACCGGCUCACUGGCUCUAUACCGCCAUCAAUCUAUAACAUUACAUCAAUGCAAAAGAUUGGUCUCACCUACAACAAUCUUACUGGCAAGUUUCCAACAACGAUAUGUGACCACCUUCCAAACUUGGAAAAGUUUGCCAUCUCGUACAACUAUCUAGAUGGCAUUAUUCCACCAAACUUAGAAAAAUGCAGAAAGCUUCAAAUGUUGUCAUUGUCUGGCAAUGAUUUCACUGGAACUGUGCCAAAAGAGAUAGGCAACUUAACAGUUCUUACAGAAUUAUAUCUUGGAGACAUGCAUUUGGAAGGAGAGAUACCAGUGGAGCUAGGAAAUCUUAAGAAACUACAGUUGCUGGGAUUAUUCGGGAAUGAAUUUAUUGGUUCCAUCCCUACAAGCAUUUUCAACAUGUCAGCAAUGCAGUACCUAUCAUUUGAUGGAAACGGGCUUUUAGGUACUCUACCUUCAGAUUUAGGCCAUAGAAUGCCCAGCCUUGUAGAAUUCAAUUGUGCGACGAAUAAUCUGAGUGGUUUUAUUCCUGCUUCUAUCUCAAAUUCUUCAAGACUCAGAAAACUUGAUCUCAGUGCCAACAGUUUCACAGGUCCAAUUCUUAAAUCACUUGGUAACUUAGAACAUCUUGAGUUUUUGAACUUGCAGUAUAAUAAUUUUUAUAGCGAUUCAACAUUGAGCUUCUUGGCAUCGUUGACAAACUGUAGGAAACUAAGAGUAAUAGGUUUAUCUGAGAAUCCCCUGCAUGGGUUUUUUCCUACAUCUGUUGGAAAUUUCUCCGACUCUCUGCACAUUUUUGAAAGCUAUGCUUGUAAACUAAAGGGAAGUAUUCCUGAAGAAAUUGGUAAUCUUACUGGAGUCACAAGGAUGAAUAUGCUUAACAAUGAGUUGACUGGACAUAUUCCAAAAACUAUCCAACGCAUGUUGAAUCUACAACAACUUUACCUACAAAGAAACAAGAUAGAAGGAACCAUACCAGAUGUUAUUUGCACUUUAAAGAAUCUCGGUGCAUUAGACUUGACGGAAAAUCAGCUUUCUGGUUCAGUGCCUCCAUGCUUAGGGAACAUCACCAGUUUGAGGAAUCUUUAUCUAGCUUAUAACAGGCUGAAUUCAACAUUACCUGCAAGUUUAGGAAGCCUUCAAGAUCUCGUAGAAUUCAACGUUACAUCCAAUUUAUUAAGUGGGAAAAUUCCUCUGGAGUUUGGAAAUAUAAAGGCAGCAACACUCAUUGAUCUAUCAAAAAAUAAUUUUUCUGGUGAGAUCCCUAACACUCUAGUGGGUCUGGAUAGAUUGAUCAAACUUUCUCUAGCACAUAACAGAUUAGAUGGGCCUAUUCCAAAUUCAUUUGGAAGAAUGUUGGCCUUGGAAUUCUUGGACUUGUGCUAUAACAAUCUUAGUGGUGAAAUUCCAAAGUUAUUAGAAGCUCUUGUGUAUCUCAAGUACCUGAACUUCUCGUUCAAUAAACUUAGUGGAGAAAUACCCAGUGGUGGUCCUUUCGCAAAUGCCACAAGUCAAUCUUUCUUGGCCAAUGAUGCACUUUGCGGUGACUCUAAAUUUCACGUGCCACCAUGUGUCACCAAAUCUCCCAAGAGGAAAAAGAAAAUUUUGGUUUUGUCUGUUGUUUUGGGAGUGGGUCUAGUAUCUAUUGCAUUAGCCCUCUUUUAUGUAUUUUUGAGGUUGCGAAAGAUGAAGAAGAAUGCAAGUCUAGCAGAUUCGCCUCUGGUGAAUUUUAAAGGACAUGAAAGAAUUUCCUAUUAUGAACUUGAACAAGCAACCGAAGGAUUCGAUGAAAGCAACUUGCUUGGUAAUGGGAGUUUCAGCAUGGUCUACAAAGGGACACUAAAGGAUGGUACUCUUUUGGCAGCAAAGGUAUUCAAAGUGCAAUUGGAGGGUGCAUUCAAAAGUUUUGACACAGAAUGUGAGAUGCUUCGGAACCUUCGCCACAGAAAUCUGGCCAAAGUCAUCACCAGCUGCUCCAACCUUGAUUACAAAGCCCUAAUUUUGGAAUACAUGCCCAAUGGGACACUUGAUAAAUGGUUAUACUCUCACAACUUAUUCUUGGACUUAUUACAGAGAUUGAAUGUAAUGAUAGACGUGGCUGCAGCAUUAGACUAUCUCCACAAUGGCUAUUCAACACCUGUGGUGCAUUGUGACUUGAAGCCAAGCAAUGUCUUGCUAGAUCAAGACAUGAUUGGCCAUGUCAGUGAUUUUGGCAUUGCCAAAUUGCUAGGUGCAGAGGAGACUUUUGUCCAAACAAGGACUAUUGCAACCAUUGGAUACAUUGCUCCGGAGUAUGGACAAGAUGGAAUAGUAUCCACGAGCUGCGAUGUUUAUAGUUUUGGCAUUAUGAUGAUGGAGACGCUUACAAGAAUGAGACCAAGUGAUGAAGCAUUUACCGGAGACUUGAGCAUACGACGUUGGGUUAGUGAUUCUUUUCCAAGUGAAAUUCAUAAGGUGGUAGAUGCUAAUUUGGUACAGGCAGGGAAUGAAAAAACCGACACAAAGAUGCAGUGUAUGGUAUCUAUCAUGGAAUUAGCCUUGACUUGCACCUUAGUGAAACAUGAUGCAAGAAUUAGCAUGGAAGAUGCUCUUUCAACACUUAGAAAAAUAAGGCUUCAAUUUGUCAGUAAUCGUCACUAGGUGGAAACAAACCAUCCACUCAUGUACGAUUGUUGCUUGAUUACAUAUUUCAGAUGCAUUAAGCUUUCA